AUGACUCUACCGCAACAUUUCGCCCAUUUUGAGCAGUAUUUCGAGCAAUGCACUAUAUUUUUCGAAGAAUAUCAACACUUGUUUAAUUUCGCAAAUACGGAUAUACUUGUAAAAGGAGUUUUAGAAAGUAUACCCAUUGAAAAUCUUAAAACCGUUGAUGUAUAUGAAGACGAUUUUAACCUUCGAACUGAAGCAGAAAAUAAUGUUUUUUUAAUGAAUUUCUUUGACAAACUGGACAAGUUACAGGCUAAUCAUGAUUUUAUAGAUUACCAGAAUAAUAUAGAGUAUACAAUCGAAGUUCCUUUGGGCCCGAAAAAGAAACACGAAAUAGUUUAUUUAGCCAAUGAAAUUGGAAAACUGUGCAAUAAAAUUGGAUGCAAUACGGUUGUGGAUUUCGGUUCGGGAUUGGGAUAUCUUGAUCAAGUCAUUUUCGAUAUGACUAAGUACAACGUACUGGGUUUAGAAUGUAACGAGAACCACUACGUUGGAGCAAAAAAACGCCAAAACAAAUAUCACAGUGAUUCAACCGGGUACGUAAAAUACAUCAAACACAGAGUAACCGAACAGUCCCAUAUAAAUUUGGAAGAAUUUUUGAAAGACAAAUUUCCAAAUAACAACGGAUUUUGUAUAACUGGUCUUCAUUCUUGUGCAGAUUUGACAGUUGACGGAAUGAAUAUAUUUUUAAAAAUGCCUGAUGCAAAGGCAAUGAUCUUAAUGCCAUGCUGUUAUCAUAAAAUGCGUUUAGAACAUUUUUCAGAUGAGAAAUUUACAAACUUUCCUCUUAGUAACUGUCUCAAAGAGAUUUAUAAUAAAAACAGAGGGUCUGAUUACAUGAGAAUACCAUUUCUAAGAUUAGCAGCGCAGCCCCAUCUCACAAGUCAAAGGAACACGGAAAAUUUAGUUUUUAACUUACUCGCGAGAGCUGUAUUACAACUGUAUGCACACAAACAUAACUAUAAAUUAAAGAGAAAAAAACGUAAAGCAGUCAAAGUUAAAACAAUUCAAAACGAUUUUGAAAGCUAUGCACAAGACGCCUGUACUGAGGGAUUUUUGUUCAUCAACGUCAGUUCUCCAAAUAAAUCCGACACGAAUAUAUCCAAUGAAGCAAGCCAUCAAAUAAAAUCAUUCAAUCAAAAGAUUGUAUUUGAAGAAUUAAUGUCAAUUUGGCGGGAACUGUCACAAACUACUUUUAAAAAGGCAGCCAUUUUUAUUUUACUUCAAAAUUAUUUGCAACCACUCAUUGAAAAUUUCAUUUUACUCGAUAGAAUUGUAUAUUUAAGAGAAAAAGGGUUAUUGAAUACUGCAUGUAAGAAGAUAGUCAAUGAAAGAAUAUCGCCAAGAUGUUUAGCUUUAUUUGCUCAUAAAUAA